UUUUCUUUAUAAUUUUCUUCUUUUCUUAUUUUGAUAGAUGUUAAGGACGCUUGGGCAGGAAAAGAAGUCCAUGUCCUCCUCUCCAAAAUAGGAGCAUACAAAUUAUAUUACUGGGACAUUCACAGAGUUGGUCCCGACAUGGAGUUGGAAAGCGAGGUAAUCAAUGCAUAUUUGGCAGUCAUAGUGCGUGAACACAAUCGCCAGAAUCCUGCAAAAGCAGCAUUCAUUGAUUCAUUUGCUAUGACUGCAAUGUGGCAAAAAAGGACUCAGAGACUCAAGGUAAGCAUUGGUAUUAUGAAUGUUAUGGAUUUUCCCUAAGAUUUCAAUAUAUUUCAAAUGUCAAAGCUAAAUGGAAAGCUAAUGCUUUCAAGAUUCCAAAUACAUCUAUUGUAAAUCUUUAUUUCACAUAUGUCAAGAGAUACUGUGCUUGAAACUGUUUAGUUGUAGGAAUCCACAUUUCUAAUAGAUUUUUAAUGUGCAAUUCAUAUUUGUAUCAAAUUAUUCCAUUUUAUUAUUCCAUUCAAUUUUAGAUUAAACCCCUGGAGUACGACAUUAUUCUGGGAAUUGUAAAUGAGCAUCAUCACUGGACACUUGUGGUCAUCUACCCACAAGAAAAAAAAAUCCUUGUACUUGGAUUCGCUGGGGGAGUCGAAGGAAGCAAUUAAAAAAUGUUUGAACACAACAAGGGCUUUCAUGCGAAAAAAAGGCUGCAACUUUUCAAGGUGGACAUGCGGUACUGUACAACACACACAACAAUCUGACAGUACAUCGUGUGGAGUCUUUGCACUGAAGUUUGCAGAAUGUCUGUUGCAAAAGGAAGACACCAGUUUUCCUGCCACGAAAGAGGCCAUAAACAGACACAGGCUAGAAAUUGCUGUUACUCUUCUCCUGGAAACUGAUGACCUGACAGACAGAUGCCACUUUUGUGGGGAACAGGAACAUGAGUCCGAUGUGAACUGGAUUCAGUGUGAUGUUUGUUUGCGGUGGUUCCACCAAAUGUGUGUUCAAGGCCCACCAGCAGAAGAGGAUUUUGUUUGUCUUGCUUGUUAAAGUCCUUAGCUGGAUGAAUAGUAUCUAGAGUUGUAAUUGUUAAAUAGUUGGACCAGUAUGUUAGUUGUGUUUGUUAUUUUUGUUAUUUAUCUUCAACUGGAUAUGCUUUUUUCGUAAAAACAAAUGGUGAUUGUGUAGUUAUUUAUAUAAGUUAUUGGUAAGCUGAGUACUUUUAAGAGACGUUGUUUUAACUGUAUAGUAUUAAAGUGUAUUUCCUUUUUUCUGCAA